AUAUAUACACUCCAUGUGUAGACCUCAUUCUUCACAAACAACAUAGCUUGUAAUCAUAUAAACCUCAACCUUCCUUUUCGAUCUUGAUUCACAUUUCAAAUUAAGAACCAUGGUUAGGUUCUUGACCAUUGCGCUGAUUCCAAUCUUGACCAUUUUGUUCGUGGCAAAUGUCUUGGUAGCCACGGAACUGAAUGUAAUGGACAAAUGUUGGAGACCAAACCCACAUUGGCGUAAAGUCCGUAAUCAGCUGGCACGGUGUUCGGUCGGAUUCGCUGGAAAAAUGACGGGAAACAUCGGUAAGGGAGUAACACAAUACAAAGUAACCGACCCUUCUGAUGAUCCUCUAAACCCCAAACCAGGAACCCUAAGAUAUGCAGCAACUCUCAUCAAAGGCAAAAAAUGGAUCACGUUCAAAAGAAACAUGAAGAUCAACCUCCACAAACCGCUGCUAAUCAGCAGCUUCACCACACUCGAUGGUCGCGGUGUCAGCGUUCACAUCUCCGGUCCUGCAUGUCUCAUAGUCUACAAAGCCACCGAUGUGAUCAUCCAUGGACUCAAAAUCCACGACUGUAAAGCUCACCCACCGAGCUCGGUGAUGGGACCAGACUCAAAGAUCAUGGAACUUGGACAAGUGGACGGAGAUGCAAUCAGGCUAGUCACGGCUAAGAAAGUGUGGAUCGACCACAACACGUUAUAUGACUGCGAAGACGGGCUAUUAGACGUCACGAGAGGGAGUACUGACGUCACAGUGUCGAACAAUUGGUUUAGGAAUCAGGACAAGGUCAUGCUUCUUGGACAUGAUGAUGGGUAUGUGAGAGACAAAGACAUGAGAGUCACUGUUGUGUUUAACCACUUUGGUCCUAACUGCAACCAGAGAAUGCCACGAGUGAGACAUGGAUAUGCUCAUGUGGCGAAUAACUAUUACCAAGGAUGGACACAAUACGCUAUUGGAGGAAGCAUGAGCCCUCGCGUGAAGAGCGAAUCAAACUACUUCGUCGCACCAGAAUCCGGACGCAAAGAGAUAACUUGGAAGAAACAUAGUCAAGGUGAUAAAAUGCAAUGGAAGUUCUACUCGGUGAAUGAUUAUAUGGAGAACGGAGCUUGUUUCGGCUUACAGAAAGGUAUUGGAAAAGCCCGGCCCAAUUACGGCCCAUCUCAAAGGUUCAUAGUAGCGGACGCUAAGACAGUUAAAGAACUCACUUCUUCAGCUGGAGCGCUACACUGCACCAGAAACUCUGUCUGUUAGAACAACAACAAGCGUUGUCUUGUCUUUUACACUCAAACACAUGAAUAUGUAUAUGUAACCGUCUAAGAAUGAUAUAUUCCAGUAAAUAAAUAAAAGUUUAAAGAAAGCAGAGUUAAAACCU